UGAAGAAGGAGGGAUAUUUCUCGUCGGACUACCGUAGGUGUGAUAGAGUUUUUCUCCAUGUUGGCGUUCGCCCGCCGCUGACAGACGGCCGCGUGCCACAGCGUCUCGGUCGGACCUGCGUUGCCCGCGGUUCCGCAGGGCGGUGAGUAAAGCUGCCUGAACUUGGGGCCGCGUUUUAGGGUUAAAGCAGCCACGCUAACGUUAGCUACUACCAGCGCUGCUGCUGCUGCUGCGGGAGCCAGCGUCUGAAAAGGGCGGACGAUUCUGACGCUUUCUCCGCCACAAGUCACAUUUCUUUAGUUUUUUUUCGGGGAACAACAGCGUCCUCUCACUGUCCCCACAAGAAAAAAAAAGCUGAGGUCCCAGAGCUGGCCCAGACAACAACAUGGAGGGGACACACUUUGCGAGAGAAUGAAGACGACGGCGGACGACGACUAAAGAGGAUUACAUGCAACUCGGGGAAAAGUUGAGCUGAGGAUCAACAACUUGGGAUAAACUGAAGAGAGGUUUUCAAGUCUCACCUAUUGUACAAGGGCAUGCAAAAACCGCAGGCACAUUUGGAGGACUGAUAUCUCUCUGUGAAAUUUGAUGCUGCUUUAAUGAAUUUAAGGGGACUAUUGCACAGACUUGGCAGAGUGAUGGAGCCCACGGUUGUGAGUACAUCCUCUCUGGCCUCUGAUGAGUUUGACAGGAAUAUGCCACGUAUCUGCGGCGUGUGCGGCGACAAAGCCACCGGAUUCCACUUUAACGCCAUGACCUGUGAGGGCUGCAAGGGUUUUUUCAGGCGCAGUAUGAAGCGCAAGGCCACCUUCACAUGUCCUUUUAACGGCAGUUGCACCAUCACCAAGGACAACAGGCGCCACUGCCAGGCAUGCCGACUCAAGCGCUGUGUGGACAUUGGCAUGAUGAAAGAGUUCAUCCUGACAGACGAGGAAGUGCAGAGGAAGAAGGACCUUAUUCAGCGGAGGAAGGAUGAGGAGGCCCAGCGCGAAGCCGAGAGAGAGGCACGCCGGCCCCGGCUCACUGAUGAGCAAAGUCAGGUCAUUGCCAUGCUGGUAGAGGCGCACCACAAGACAUAUGACGACUCCUACUCGGACUUCUGCCGCUUCAGGCCUCCUGUGCGUGAGGGUCCAGUGACACGUAGUGCCAGCAGAGCUGCCUCUCUCCACUCUCUGUCUGAUGCCUCUUCUGACUCCUUCAGUCACUCUCCAGAAUCAGUAGACACCAAAGUGAACUUCAACAACCUGCUUAUGAUGUACCAGGAGCAGGGCAGCAGCCCUGACUCCAGCGAGGAGGAGGGCUCCAGCUUCUCCAUGCUGCCUCACCUGGCUGACCUGGUCUCCUACAGCAUCCAGAAGGUCAUAGGAUUUGCCAAGAUGAUCCCUGGGUUUAGGGAGUUGACUGCAGAAGACCAGAUUGCCCUGCUUAAGUCCAGUGCCAUCGAGGUGAUCAUGCUGCGCUCAAAUCAGAGCUUCAACCUGGAAGACAUGUCAUGGAGCUGCGGUGCACCUGACUUUAAAUACCAGAUCAGUGAUGUCACCAAAGCGGGCCACACUCUGGAGCUGUUAGAGCCACUGGUGAAGUUCCAGGUGGGCCUGAAGAAGCUCAACCUGCAAGAGGAGGAACAUGUGAUGCUGAUGGCCAUCUGUUUGCUUUCUCCAGACCGCCCAGGUGUGCAGGAUCAUGCACGGAUCGAAGCCCUCCAAGACCGCCUGUCGGAGACCCUGCAGGCCUACAUCCAGCUUCAUCACCCGGGGGGGCGGCUGCUCUACGCCAAGAUGAUCCAGAAGCUGGCUGACCUGCGCAGCCUCAACGAGGAGCACUCCAAGCAGUAUCGCUCGCUCUCCUUCCGGCCAGAGCACAGCAUGCAGCUCACCCCACUGGUGCUGGAAGUGUUCGGAAGCGAAGUGUCCUAGAGGCCUGCCUGGAUCAAACCUCCGAGGAGAAGCUGGAGACGAGACCCCUGGGGGUAAAAAAAUGGAGGGAGGGAGCUGAGAAUGUGCUGAGUGGACUAAAUGGAGGUGUGGAGGGGGAGUGUGAGUGUGUGCAUGUGUUGGGUGUUGGGUGUGUGGUUUCAUGUGUGUGUGUCAUGUCUAAAGAAGUCUCUCUUGGUGUAAAGGCCAAGGUUGUGUGGAGAGCGAGCAGGUGUUAAGAGACUCAGUAAACAAGGGACCUUCAUAUAAUACAAAUGAAUCUAUACAUACAACUUCUGCCUAUAUACAGUAUUUUUGUCUGUAUAUAAAAAUCAACAAACAGCUGCUUCAAAUGCCAGGACAUUAAGUGUGCACAUGCCGUGCACACACCACCACAACAAACAUAACUCAGUUAUUCAUCUAGCCAUUCAGUUGAGCUACCUCUUGGUUUUACUGGGGUUGUUUUAUAUCACCUAUGUGAAACAGUAAACAGAAACUUUUACAUGGAGCAAUUUAGAUACAGUACAGAAGACAUUUCAUUUUAUCAGUGCAAAAGCAGUGCCUGCACAUUACU